UGGAGGGGAAUUAAGGUUUGCAGAUGGCUGCUCUCAUGUGAUGCCAGGUUUACCCCUGGUCAGCAGCAAGGGGAUGUCUGAAGACGUCAGCCAGCACUGUUUGGGCUGAUAGUAACUUGAGGUUGGAUGCAGUGGAAACUAGAGUAGUUUAUAACUAAUUGUACCCUGGAUUUGAGGCUGAUUAAGAUGCAAUAUGGACUCUUACUGCCCUGGAACAGAUAAAAAGUGAAGGCUAGAGGAAGCAAGAGAAGACGGAGGCAGUUUAACAGAGAGAAAGUACUUAUCGUUGUCUUACAGAAGACAUCAUGUCCACUUUGAUAAAGCAGGAGAGAACCAUUUGUGUUCUCCUCCCCAACAAAGACCAGCUGGACAUUACUGUCGGGCCAAAGCCCACAGGGCAGGAUGUUUUUAAUCGAGUGGCGGAGCUUCUUGGAAUCAAAGAGCUGCACUUCUUUGGCCUCACAGUGGUGAGGGACAAUGAGCACAUAUUUUUAGACAUGGAGGAGAAACUGACUAAGUACUUUCCUAAGGAAUGGAAGCAGGAUUCAGGAAAGGGAUUACUGAAGAGACCCUUGCCUUUAGUGCUCUUUCUCAAAGUGCAGUACUACAUAGAAAACGGUAGACUCCUUUGUGAACGUAAGGCACGGCAUCUAUACUACUCUGACUUGCGAGAGCGGGUGCUUCGCUCUGAAUGUCGUCAGCAGGAGGAGGUGUACUUCCAGCUGGCAGGUUACGCCUUGCAGGCUGAUCUCGGUGACCACCCGCUGCCCAGGCAGGAUAUGGAGGUCACUCCAUACUUUGAACCCAAGGAGUACUUUCCCCCUUGGAUUGUAGCUAAGCGUGGCGUGAACUAUCUCCACUGCCAUGGGCCCAAGGUGCAUCAGGAGCUGUGGGGGUUGUCCACUCGUGAUGCAAUGCUGCACUUCAUCAGGGAGUCAUGUCAACUGGAGGAUGUACCUGUCACGUUUUAUAAACUGCAAAAGGACAAAAAGGCAGAGAGAGGAACAGCAUUGCUCGGCUUGACCCUGCGAGGAAUGCAGGUUUAUCAGGAGGUGAACAACACGCGACAGCUGUUGUAUGACUUCCCCUGGUCAAAUGUGGGACGUCUCACUUUCCUGGGUAAGAAAUUUGAGAUCCAGCCAGAUGGCUUGCCAUCAGCCAGGAAGCUGGUUUACUACACUGGAUCAUCAUUUCGCUCUCGCCACCUCCUCCUGCACCUGAGCAGCAGCCAUCGCCUCUACCUCAGCCUCCAGCCUGCCCUCAAACACCUACGCCAGCUGGAGGAGAGCAAAGAUAAAAAGCGCUACAGAGAGUCCUACAUCAGUGAUGACCUGGACUUGGACCCCCCAGGCAGCGAGAGCAGCCCAGGUCUGUCGCGACAUUCCACCAGCAGCUCUGGAAUUGAAGCUGACGCCCGCCAGCACAGCAUCUCCACGGAGAUGGCCUCCAUGGAGGAGGAAGGUCAACGGCUAGCAGAGAAAUGUUUCAGCUCAGUAGCCAGCCACAGCAGCUCCUGUACCUCUGGGUUUGACAUAGGCAGUAAGGCUCGAAUAGAAGAUGACGGGUGGCAAGAGGAAGAGAUCAAGACCAAUAUUGAAAAUCCAAAUGAGGUUCUUGUGGAUGAUCCUGAUGAGAUGUUCCAGUUGGCUGAUCUUCUUGAGGGAGUGUCUGUGGAUUGUUCCGAACUCCACUCAGAGACUCGCUCACCAGAAAACAAAACAUUUCCCCCAGACAGUGAUGAAGACCUCGAGAAAUUGCGUAACAAGGAUAUGUUAAAACAGAUGCUGAAAUCUAGGGCACAAGUUUGCGUAGAUCGGCACAGCCACAGUCUAGAUGAUGUACGUCUGUUCCCACCUCCGGCACGCCUGGGGACCACGCUGCCACCUGAUUCCUCCCACAGCUACACCUUUGGCCUCCCAGAUGCCUCAACAAACACAAAUAUCCCUGUUGAUCACAGUUAUCCCCUUUUGCACUGCCAAGACAAACCUUCCUUCUUUGGCCGCAGGUCUAACUGCCUCUCCUUGGACAUGUUAGGUGAUGAACAGUUCCUGGAAUUCAUACUUUAAAUACGCUGAUGUGCACAAAUACGCCCGUUCUCUUCCUUAAUUUACAGUGCAGCUUAACUGGAAGAUUACCAACAGACAAAUGUCUCAGUGUUUUCUACUCUAUAAGGAUGACAACAUGGGAUGUUUCAUAUUGCGGAGACAUUAUUAAAAUGGUGUGACCCCUUAUUCCUCUUAGAAAAGCUGUGGAUUAGAGAACCGAGAUCUAAUUCAACAACAUUCUGUCAGUAAACAGAGCAUAUUUAUUAAUGUUGUAUAUUGUGUACAUAAUAUUUGCACUAUUUUAUUACAUUUCAAGGCCUCUGAACAAAACAUUUCUAACCAAUUGUAUUGUCUUUUAUAAAGUAUACACUGUUGAAAUGUUUCAGAAAUGUCUGAAUAGGUUAAUGUUAGGGCAAAACGUUUGAUAUUACUGGAUGUUUUGACGUUUUAAGGCCAUGCAGUCGUGUUCUGUAUUGGACAUUCAUAACAUGGGACUUACUUCCCUUGCAAUUAGCAUAUUUGCUAAUGUAAUCACUAAAAUGUCCUUGUUUUUAUUAACGAGAAUCUCCAGAAGCCGCAGUGCUCAUGUUUGUUCUCCUGUAUUCCUUUAUCAUGUUUUUAAAAACAAAAUCAUAUUAUAUAAUAUACUCUAUUUUUGUAUAGUGUGCUCUGUUGCGCUUUUUCUUAGUCUGCCACAGCAAUGUAGCUGCUGAUGUGGAAAAUUGAACCUCUUUACAUUCAUCCAAAGCUUCCUCAUUCUAUACUCUCCCCCUGCUGUCGUAAUUACAACAGAAAGUAUUCUUUGUAAAGCACUAUUUCUCUAACCAGUAAUUGUAUAAUGAAUCUGCAGUAUUUUUGUAUUAUGUAAUCCCCAAACAAAGAGCCUUUAUGUCGACUUUCUCUCAGACAUCAUUUCUACUGUUUUGUAAAUGAUAAUUGGUAUGCAGAAUAACUUAUGUCUUCAGCCAAUAUUAACUCACUUGGAGUCAUUAAGCACAGCUUUUUUUCAAAGCCAAUAAUGUA